UCAUAUUCGUGCAAUUCCGUGGACUCCUCAGCUGGUGACAAGCUCGGCAUAGUGUUGCAAUGAGUGCCAGACCAUGCUUUGGCCUUGGACCAUAAGUUUUGACAGGGUCAGAUCAUUAAUCGUUCUUCUCAUCCUUCCAGCAUUGUCCCAAGACAGACAACGUCUCAUACUCUGCGUUUCCCACGCGCUGCAGUGUUGUCUUUGUGAUCGUCCUAGAUGGGAUUCGGAGAAUAUGAGAAUGUGCAACAACUUAUAGAGGAGCUCUCGCUGCGAGCCGAUGGGGAAUCUGUGGCUUCUGAGAUUGAAGUACUCCAGUCUAUAUACGGAGACGAUGCGGUCCAGCUUUGGAAGCCAACAACUUCCACCAAACCCGACUCUAGUAUGACCCGAUACGAGGUCGCACUGAGUCUGCCGUCGCCGCAUGACGAGAUCUCCAUCCGUAUCCUGGUUUCGCUUCCAGCGACCUACCCCGCGGAAAGCCCGCCACAGUUACAACUUCUAUCACGUUACGUGGGAGCUUUCGGGGCGGACGCUACUCUUUUCGGAGAGAUUCUACGUACUUUCAUCUCUUCGGCGCGUGGGGUAGAAUGGUCACCGGGAACGGUCUGUGUUUUUGAUGGUCUUCAGAAUGUGUUGGACCGCUGCGAAGCCUGGUACGGCGAACACCUCAGCGCCGAAGCAGCCGGAGAACUGUCGCGAUCGGAAGCUCACCCUGAACGGCCGAACAUCGUGCAGGAAGACCCGCAUGUCAACGACUCAUCUCUCCCUCCACCCGUCCAGCCUCUCCCGCAAGGCAUGCAGAUGUAUGUCGCAGAGCCAAUCGUGGAUAGGAAAAGCUCGUUCGUUGGACGUUCUUUCGCCAUCUCGGACCCAUCUCAGGUUCCGCCCAUCUUGGCCCACCUCUCGUCAGAUCGAAGAAUUGCACGAGCUGCACAUCCUGUCAUCAACGCGUGGCGAUGCCAGGUCGGAAACCUGCUGCACCAAGACAACGAUGAUGAUGGAGAAACAGCUGCAGGCGGGCGACUGGCACAUCUUCUACACAUUCUGGAAGUCGAUAAUGUCCUGGUCGUUGUGACCCGCUACUUCGGCGGCAUCCAUCUGGGGCCAGAUCGUUUCAAGCACAUCAAUCAAGCCGCCCGCAAUGCACUGGAAUUGGGAGGCUUCCUCGAUGGCCCACGAACGACGACAAGCAAGGGACGACAUAGAUGAUCUUCUCAAUGGGCGAGGGGCAGUCAGAACUAGGAAAACAGUAGAAUAUCUAAUAGUCUACGUCGUAGAUGGGGUGAAUGUAUGUCUAUCCGUAGUAUACAUAUGCGAGUGAAUAAAAAUUGUCCGAAUGAACAGGAUAGCAAGGAGAAAUGGAAAUAGAAGGAAAUCAAGCCUGCGCUUGGACCGUCCGAGUUCGGCUUUUGCUUCGUGCGCGACUGCGAGAACGUUUCCACCAUUUGUUCGAACCUUCAUCCGCCACAGGAGUUGGUGUACUAUGGCUCGGAGAGAUUGAACUCCGUUGAGUAGGGUCGAUACUGAGAAACGAGAGUGUCGUCGAGUAAGACGGAGUGGUGCCCUCAGGUACCAAUCGCGUGAAAGGAGUGACCAGAUGCUCAUCUCGCACUGGCACCGGAUUGAAAAGGGCUUCGAUGAGAGCCGCUGUCGAGAGUGGACUUCUGGCGUCCGGAAGGGCGCGAAUGUCGAACGUCGGCCUAAUUGUUUGCGAGGUGUGAUGGAUCGGAGCGUACAGAUUCAAAGCUCUUGGACGUGUCCUGAAAACAUCAUCCUGGGUGGAUAGUAGAGAUGAUAAGCCGGCAAGGAUCUCGCCUCGUGGUAGAGGCGGCGCGGUGAAGAAUGGUGGAGAGCCUACAGGCUCGACAUGAACAGAUAAUCUAAGCGUCGCGUUGGUUUUGCUCUCUCGGAGAAGAUACCGGCGCGUCACUGUCCCCUUCAUCUCUCCCGGUGAUGCAAGAUUACUGUCAGAGUACUCUGCAAGAUUGAGCUCGAGGACGCCGAGGCACGGAUUCUUAGGCGCGUCCAGGUCGCCGACGAUGACACGUUGUAAUACAGAAAGCUUGAACGGAUGAGGGAGCAGCUCGUGUGUUUCCCGGUCGAUCGACAUCUGCACGACAGUCGACAGCGAUUGCUCCCAGGUCACAGAGUGGUCGCGCAGCGCCAGCCAGGGCGUCUGUCCUCGUGUGCUAGUUUGAGUUUCGUAAGAUUCUGAAGUAAAUUUGGCGUCCUCCGUGGAAGGACCCGCUGAGUCUCCACUCCCGAAACUCUCCUCGUCACCAUGGACUUCCUGCUCCAGCCCUGCAGUUUCAUGGCCCUUCAAUUUUCGGAUGUUCUUGAAUCUCCAACGAACCCCAAAUUCCCCGCUGACCAGAGGAACACUGGCCAACUGGUGGAUGAUGAUGCGAACUUGGAAAAGAGCGUGGCGGGGGAUUAGCUGCCCGAGCUUGAGCACUGAGGAGGAGGAGGCGACCUGGUCGCCAGACGAGUCGGCCAUUGUCACUGGGGAAAGGAAGAGCUGCAGUGGAUGAAAGGAGGCAUUGCCAUUUGGCGUUCAAAAGCAAGCUGGUGUCAGCGCGCAGCCGUCAUCCUGUCAGCCAAAUGGGAAAGGGCCGUUGAUGUGGCGGUGCCUUGGUGCUCUCAUAAUUCCGCGCUCUCAGGGCUGGUCCAUGUCCACUCUUAUUGGACAUUUUGUCUUCGUACUGUUUGCUGGAAUGUCUUUCGUUCCUUUCUUACUUAUGCUUGCAUCUGUCUGGAAUCGGCUUCCGAUAGUUUGUAUCACCGUGUCAACAUAUCAUGACGGAGGCUGAGGGAUGCGACACAACUCUCGAGACGGUUCACGACGCAAUUG